AUGUCAAGAGCCCCAAGUAUUAGUAUUCAAGGAAGCUGGCUUCCUUGGAGUUCCAACUCUGAGGUGCAACAUAAUGAAGACGUUCCAAAGGGAAGACUGGCAUCUCCAACAUCAGGACAACAGCACCAACAAGAACAACAAGGGGAAGAAUCCACCUUGAGCAAUAGGUCGAGCUCAUUUCCAGCACUUGGGCAAACCAACUGGUUGGCUUGGACAAGAGCAAGGUCCACAUCAGAGAUUGGCGCGAGAAUGGAAGAAAAGGAUGGAGAUGGUAACAAUGAAGAAGCCAUUGAAGAUGGUAAUCGUGAAGACGAAGAAGACAAUGAAGACAAUGAAGAAGAUCCAAAUUCAGGAAAUGAAAUUGAUGAUCAUGUUUCGAAAAAGCAGUCUUCAACUUGGAAUUUUUGGAAUGGAGGAGGUUCUACCGCCAAUGGGAACAGCAAUGAUAAUAACAAUGAUAAUAGCAACAAUAGUGACGGGAAGAAGAAGAAGUUGACAAACUUUUCAAAUACAAUUCUCAAAUCUGACCAUUCAUUUGAAGGAGCAAACCCUAGCAAACAUUCACAAGUGGACAGGGCAAACGAUGGGAACAAUAACAAUAGUAAUUCUGAUGAAGAUGACGCCGUGUUGUACAAACCUCAUACCGACGCUCAACAAUUCAGGGAAAUUAAUACACACAAGAAUGAGAACUUGAAAGAAAAUGUGAUUGUGCCUAAUUGGGAUCUGUGUCUUCCCAACCAAACUGCAAGAUUUGGUGCCAAUAAUUCCAUUAUUGGAUCUAUAUUUGGCAACUCCUCGACUUCAAAUAAUACAAAUAAUCUAAACUCUAAGAUGGAUUUGAAGAAUUGGAGACAAUUUCUUAAUCAACUCUCAAGUAAACUUGGAUUUAGUCUGCAAUCGUUGACAAGUGUCGUUGAACUGGAAAAUGGAGAACAAGACAAUGUCAACAAGCCUAACAAUGUACCAUCAAAUGUAGAUGAUGUUGAAAAAGAAUUUCAUUUACUCUAUGAGAAAACUUACAGAUUGUAUGGGAGAUCAUUGGCAAAAUUACCUGAACAAAAGAGGGCAUGUUUGCCAAACUACAAUAAAUAUUAUGGAGGGGAUUCUGGAGACAAAAAUGAUCAAGAACAACUAAGUCGUGAGAAUCGAAGCACUCCUGAAGAUGAAGAAGAUGAAAAUGACAUUUCCAUAAGUAAUGAUCCUAUGGGAAAUUUGUUGAUUAACCAUAAUAUUAACAAACGGGCAACUAGUACAAAUGCAGACAUUCAUUCCAUUAAAACUGGACCAUUACAGAAAAUUAAGAAGAUAUUAAUUAUUGGUGUUCAUGGAUUUUUCCCCACAAGAAUGAUUAGACCAAUUAUUGGAUCACCAAAGGGAACUUCAUUAAAAUUUGCAAAUGAGGCAGAAAAAGGGAUUAUUCGUUAUUGUGUUGAAAACAAUCUUAUCACAGAAAAUGAAUCUAAAGUUAGUAUUCAAAAGAUUGCUCUUGAAAAAGAGGGUAAAAUUCUCGAUAGAGUAGACUUUUUCACUGAUAUUUUGAAGAAAUGGUCUGAUGAAUUGAAUGAAGCAGAUUUUAUAUUUGUAGCUGCUCAUUCACAAGGAUGUGUUGUAAGUAUAAUCUUACUUGCCAGAUUGAUUAACCUUGGUAUUUUGAAAGAUCCUAGCAAGAAGAGAAUUGCAGUUUUAGGAAUGGCGGGUGUUAAUAAUGGACCAUUCUAUGGGGUUGAUAAAUCAUUGUUUAUGAAGGCUUAUUCUGCUAUAGAAAAUGAAUCUAUGUUGGAAUUGUUUGAGUUGACAAAGUUUACCAGCAAACAAUCUUUGGUUUAUAAGGAGCUGAUUCAAACUAUUAUCAAUAAUAAUGUGAAGAUUUGUCUAAUUGGUUCAAUUAACGAUCAAUUGGUACCUCUAUAUUCAGCCCUUUCAUCACAUACAUUCCAUCCUAAUAUUUAUCGAGCAUGUUAUAUAGACCAUGCUUCUCAAACCCCACUUUUCAUCCAAAAGUUGGUUUCAAUGUGUUGUCAAUUACAAAAUCUUGGGUUUUUCGAUAAUAAUGUGAUCAAGGAACUUAGUACAAUUCUUGCAGGCCCAUUGACUGGGAAUGGUCAUUCUAAAAUUUAUAAUGAUGGUAAAGUUUAUGAUCUUGGAAUCAAAUUUGCAUUAGAUACAGAUGACGUUGUAAUUCCAACCCCAUUUGCAAGUGAAGAGGAAUCUAUCCAAGGACUUGUUACAAGUGGAGUGGGUACAUAUGGAUCCAUUGAAAAUUCAGGUGAUUCCACUAAAUUAGUUAAACAAUUUCCCAUUACAAAUCAAAUAUAUAUCAAAGAAUAUAAUAUUGGGAAAAUCGGUUCAAAUCCAUACUUAUUACCAUGGUGUUUGCGUGGAUUACUCUUCAAUAUAGAGAAGAACUGGCCCAACAACAAUAAGCUUUUGACAGUUGAAUCUGGAAGUGAUUUUGGUAAGAAUGGGUACGAUGAAAUCAAUGAAUUUUAUGAAUUAUUUGAGAAUUGGAAACCUGAUAGUAAAUUAUUUAAAGAGUUGAAGUAUAGGUUAAAUGGGAUUCGUGCUAGCAAGUUAUGA